AUGGGGGAUCCUCCACAACCCAAUGUGGAAGACAUCCUCCGUCGGUUGCUGCAGAUAGCACUACAGUCGUCGUCCGGUAUGGCAAGCUCUGCAUCGCCGUCCGAGGCGCUGGCGCCCCUCCACACGACCCGAUCCGUUGAGGAAGCGCUGUUGCGUCUGCUCGUGGGGUCCAGUCGCGACGCAGGACCAGAUCAGCAAGCGAGACAACCAGCGCACCGGGCCCAACCACUCCUACCACCGCCCCCGAACUCUCUCUCCGGCGACCAGUCCACGGCGGGUACCAGUGCGCACGCGAACGCUUUCCCGCAGGAUCCCAUAUCCAACGCUCUCGCACAGCUCCAAGCCUUGUCCAAUCCGUCUAGACAAUCGGGCUAUUAUCCGGAGUACGCCUCGCUGAGUCACGCAUCGCAGGAUCUGUUGCAGCUGCUCGCACUCCACCGCCAACAAACGCUCCAACAACAACAGCAGUAUCUGCAAACGUCGCUACAAAGCACGGCCGCCGCGUUGCAGUACGUUGCCUUGAAUAGCCAAGCUCAAGCACAACAAAUUCUGUCCGAAAAUUCACAGCGUAUUCCACUCCCCGCCCUGCCUACUUCGCCAGUUUCUAGCUCGGCGUGGGCCAGCGGGGUCGCCAGGUCCUCGACACUCCCGAUGGCACCCUUUGCGACCUUGCCGGCACAAGCUUCUGCCGGACGGAAUCCAUCUUCAAAAUCCUCACCUCGUCCACAAUCUCAUCGAGACGCGGACGGGCCCGAACCCUUUCCACAAAAGCUCUUUCGCCUUUUGAACGAAGCCGAACGCUUAGGGUUCGACCACAUUAUAUCAUUCAUGCCAUCGGGGAAAUCGUUUUGUAUACAUCAACCACACCAGUUCAUCAAAGAAGUCGCACCUAAUUACUUUCGACAUUCCAAGCUCAGUUCCUUUACCCGGCAGUUACAGUUGUACCAUUUCUCGCGCACGGUUGAGGGUGCCAGUGUGGACUGUUAUGUCCACAUCGACUUUCAAAAGGGGCAUCCGGAGCUGCUGUAUAAGAUUCGUCGAGCCAGCGUGUCCAAAAAGUAG